AAGUCCCGGGCGUGCAUUGUGUGUAUGCAAAGCAUCGCUUGGCUCCCGGGGUGACUCUAGCGGGGAUCCUGCUGCAGCGGCAGCUAGCGCUGGGGAGUACGCUCCUGUCUCUGAUGCCACCGCCUGAGCCUGAGCACAGCGCUGUCAUGCUCCUGCCGCGGGGCGGGCUACAGCGUCGUCCCGUCGCUAUAUAAGCGCGAGCAGAGGGGGCACUCGGAGGGGUUGAAAAUGAAGGUGCCCGCGCAUGGGCCGCCGCUGAUUGCCAACCCCUCCCGAGCUCGCUCCCGGCGCACAGCCCGAGGCCGCCGAGGAUCCGCCUUAGCCGCAGUAGCAGCUGGUUCAGCGACGCGGACGGCAGCUGCGGCGGCGGCGGUGGCGGUGGCUCCCCUCGCGCCAGCGCGUAGAGCAGCGGCGGCGACUCCGGGGCCGCCGCUGGCCCCGCUGCCAUGAGUUGUGCGGAGGUGAUGUAUCACCCCCAGCCGUAUGGAGCGCCCCAGUAUCUGCCCAACCCUGUGGCAGCUGCAACCUGCCCUACAGCCUGCUAUCAUCCGGCGCCCCAACCUGGCCAGCAGAAGAAGUUAGCGGUAUACAGCAAGAUGCAGGACUCUCUGGAAGUCACCCUUCCCAGCAAACAAGAGGAGGAGGAGGAGGAGGAGGAUGAGGAUGAGGAGGAGGAGAAAGACCAGCCUGCCGAGAUGGAGUACCUUAACUCUCGCUGUGUCCUUUUCACUUAUUUCCAGGGAGACAUUGGGUCAGUAGUGGAUGAACACUUCUCAAGAGCUUUGGGCCAAGCCAACACCUUGCAUCCCGAAUCUGCCAUUUCAAAAAGCAAGAUGGGGCUAACCCCCCUAUGGCGAGACAGCUCAGCUCUUUCAAGCCAGCGGAGUAAUUUUCCAACUUCCUUUUGGACCAGCUCUUACCAGCCCCCACCGGCACCUUGUUUGGGGGGAGUUCAUCCUGACUUCCAAGUCACUGCACCCCACGGCACCUUUACAACAGCAGACCCCAACUCUUGGCCAGGACAUGGUCUGCAUCAGACUGGCCCUGCCCCACCCCCUACUGCAUCUGAGUCUUGGCACUAUCCUCUGGCAUCUCAGGUGAGCCCAUCCUACAGCCACAUGCAUGACAUGUACAUGCGGCAUCACCAUCCUCAUGCUCACAUGCACCACCGCCACCACCACCAUCACCACCACCCAACUGCUGGCUCUGCCCUGGAUCCCGCGUAUGGGCACCUGCUGAUGCCAUCAGUGCGUGCUGCCAGGAUUCCUGCUCCCCAGUGUGACAUCACAAAGACAGAUCUGACUACAGCCACCACUGCUACCUCAGCAUGGGCCGGAGCCUUUCAUGGGACAGUGGACAUCGUGCCAAGUGUGGGCUUCGAAACAGGUCUUCAGCAUCAGGACAAGAGCAAAGAGUCAACUUGGUACUGAAGCAUGGUGUCAGCAGGUCAUACGGCAGCGUGAAUCCAAGGACCCUCUGGGAAAACAUGCCGUUGGGGUAUCCCAUGCAGGAAUGGGACAUGGGAAACAUGGACUGAGAAGAGGACAGGGAAGGCCAUUGUCUUUAGAUUUGAACCGUUUCUGGAUAAAGCAUAGUGGGUCCUCCUACUCUUUGAAGAAAAGCUUUUGGUUUGUUCUCCGUCAUCUGAGCCUUUGUCACCUGUGCGACGUCUCAUUUUACUCACCUUGUACGAGGACCUGGGCUAGAUUUUUGUGCUUUGUCUUUUUCUUCUUUUUUUUCUUUUUGUUUUUUUCCUUUUGAACCAGCCACCUUAUAAGAAGAUGAUUUACCAUAUGAAAAUGCUCAUUCCUUCAGGAAAACUAAUAUCUCUAUCUUCAUCUAUUUUUGUGGAAAUACAAAAUGGUUGGUUUAACAUAGAGGGGAUAUUUUUGAAGAUGUAAUUGUUUUUUGUUUUGUUUUGUUUUGUUUUACUUAAUCUUGUAGCAAUCGUUGAGUUCUGUUUAAAGAACUUGCUCUCAGAAAAGCACUGGCUAAAAUGUUUAAGUGCUGAUCUUUAAAAUGUUUGUAAUGCGCUUUGUCUGUGCUUCCGAGGGUACCUCAAGGUUUCGUCCUUUCUACAACAGUGGCACGACCAUAAACAGACCUUGCAAUGUUGUGUUUAUGUUGAAACUCAGUGAAGACUUAAUUCGAUGAUAGCUCUCUUAGUUUGCAAUUAUAUAUGUAUGUGCAGCUUGAAAGGGGCAUUUUCUUUUAAAGAGCCACAAAGUAAAGGGUAUUUCUCCAAAAUAGUUCUUGGAAGUGACUAACAAUUAAAUUUAGGUUAAUGAGCAAUACUUCUCUGUGUAGUCCAGCCUAUCUUAACAAUUAGGAAUAGAGCUUACAUACAGCUUCAAAAUAGGAAAAAGCAACACACUUAGCGAUGAUAACUGUGGAUCUCACUGACAAAUUUUCCUAACUUCUAACCAUUCAUUCAUGGCUGUUUCAAAGGUCAUAAUUUGGAUGACUUUUGUUUUCUGGAGUAUCAGCACAUGCCAAAGUGCUGACUAUCCCCCAUUUCUGUAAACUGAAAAGUAAUGUAUUCUGGAUGUAAUGUUUUAAUUUGAUCAUUCUGCAAGAUUUUUCAUUUGCUUUUAAGUGUAAUUAGUUUCUCAAAAAUUAGAGCAAAAUAAAAGUGGUAAUGGAUUUAAGUUUAUGCUUCAAUUACACAAACUGGUUGAAAGACUGAAAACUUGAGCAGUAAACUUCCCAUGGCCCAGAAGAUAAAGGAGUGAAGUUUGAAGUCACUUGAAGAUUCAAGAGAAGAUUAGGCAAAGGUUAGGACUAUGAAGGUAGCAAUGGCUGGCAAAUCAAAGAAGCAGCAUAUUUUUUUUUUCCUUUCAGUUGCUCCCAGCCAUAGAGGAUGUUAGUGUAGUACAGAUGCUUUUAUUUGAUAAUGUUUCUCAAAUUCUCCCAUUUCUCUCAGCCCACACAAAACAGAAGGUUAAGUCACGUGCUACAUUCUGGUUUUAAUUGUGAACUUCAUGGGUGAGAAUACUUUGCACAUUAGCAACACUACAAGCAGCUAGGCAGAAUUCUCCCAACUCAUUUCCAAACAUUUCACUUGGCUAUAUCGAUAGAUAUUUGUUUCUCUCCCUGCUGUGUUUUGAAUUAUAAACCCAGUUCAUCUCGUGUAUCCACUUGUAUCUUGACUCCAUCAUUUCUUCAUCUUGAUUUUCCUUUAACACAGUCUUCACAUUUUUAUCAGUAGAGUCUAGACUUAAGGUAGCUUACCAGUUUAGGAACUUUAGCAUCCUGAUAAUGGUCUCAUUUAAUUCUAUGCAUUUUUAUCUGGAUGUUGAUAACAAAUAAAAAUUGCAUCUGCAUAAA